AUGGACCGAUCCGUUUUCUUCACAUUCAAUUCAAGACGGAAACUAUAUAUAUGCAUUACCCGCAUUUCUGAUCGGGAAAUCCGCCACUCGCCCUUGCCUCGCGUGUCCCCACGCACCAAAGACUUUACCCAAAAGCCCAUGGGCCCCACCUAGGAAACCACAACGUGAUCAACACGCGUGUGUGGAAUCGAGUUCAACGCGCUUUUUGGGACAAAUUUUGCCCUAGUCGCCUUGCUAAUCCCUCUCUCUAUAAUCGACUAUGAAUCGCCUGCAACUCCGAUCGUCUCUUUGGAUUCGAUUUCGGUCCCUUUUCUCUCUUAUUGAUUUUGGCUAACUCGAUAUGGAACCUAUGGAUAUAGUUGGGAAGACGAAAGAGGAUGCUUCACUCCCUAAAGCAACUAUGACUAAAAUCAUUAAGGAGAUGUUGCCUCCGGAUGUGCGUGUUGCAAGAGAUACUCAAGAUCUUUUGAUCGAAUGUUGUGUAGAGUUUAUCAAUCUUAUUUCAUCAGAGUCUAAUGAAGUUUGUGGCAAAGAAGAGAAAAGGACAAUUGCACCAGAGCAUGUACUCAAGGCAUUAGAGGCAAGUUAUGACCACAAAUUGAGCCUGGGAUCUUAUUGUGAAUCAAUCGGAAGUUGGAGAUGUUCGCUGAGGCUUUGGCAACUGGCAGAGCUUUAUCUCCUUUUUUUUAACUGUGCAGCAGGGCUUUAUAUCUGCUUUUGUACACGUGAGACAUAAGAAACAGUAGUACUGCAUUUUUAUUUGCCCGAUGGGUAGCAAUUAGUUCAUAUGUGUGACAAACAUAAUUUCUCUUUCUGUUGUAUUGAAUUUGUGUCUAUGAACUUGGAUCUCUCAGUGUAUUUCCAUACGUGACGAUCUCUCUGCCAGGUUCUUGGUUUUGGGGAAUACAUUGAAGAAGUCUAUGCUGCAUAUGAACAACACAGGCUUGAGACUAUGGACUCUGUAAGAGGUGUGAAGUUGAGCAAUGUAGCCGAGAUGACCGAAGAAGAAGCACUGGCUGAGCAGCAGAGGAUGUUUGCUGAGGCACGUGCGAGAAUGAAUGGCAGUGCCAUGGUCCCCAAACAAGCAGACCCGAAACCCGAGCCAAGUUUGAAUAGUUAACUUAGGGCUGUUCUUUUCUUGAACUGUAGGCAAGCAUCCUUACUCUUCCAUGUGCUUUUAUCUCAUAUAUAUAUCGUGUACAAAAAGGCCUUGGCUAGUGCUCUGGCGUGUGUCAACUCCAGCUUAGUCUUUACUCUUUGAAUUAUGUCUAUAUAUGUUGGCUGUAAUUAAUGUGAUUUUGUUCAACUUUACCUUCAUUUGAGAAUGAUGAUGGUCUUGUCUUCUUUUCUCACUCGUUUAAAAUUUAUAUACCAAGUUUGAUCAGG